GCACCUCAUACCUCUCUCUCUCUAUUUAUUCCCAAUAAAUGAAGGAACCUCAUUUCUCUUCACCCCUCCCCACUUCUUCUCUACCAAGCAACUUCAUUCAUCAUCUAUCAUUUCCUUUGCUACUCACAAUCAUUUAAUUCAUUUCAGUUUUUUUCUUUCAAUAUUAUUAUUAUUAUCAUCAUUUAAACUCAUAUAUUCCCAUCCAUUAUAUUCUUGGUUUUAUAUAUUUCCAUUCUGCAUUUAAGAACCAAAUAAAACACUUUCAUUUGAAGAAAACAGAAACAAAAAAAAAUGGGGGUUGUUCUUGAGCUUCUUCUUGUAGGAGUUCUGGCUAUGUUGCCGCCACCGGCCCUCGGGUACGGUGGCUGGAGCAGAGCCCGAGCCACGUUCUACGGCGGCGGGGAUGCUUCCGGAACAAUGGGUGGAGCAUGUGGAUAUGGAAACUUGUACAGCUCGGGCUAUGGUACAAACACGGCAGCUUUGAGCACUGCCCUGUUUAACAACGGCCUGAGCUGUGGGUCGUGCUUCCAGAUAAUGUGUGUCAAUGACCGGUCGUGUGUUCGAGGAAUCAUCACCGUCACCGCCACCAACUUCUGCCCCCCGGGCGGUUGGUGCGAGCCUCCGAACCCGCAUUUUGAUCUCUCUCAGCCCGUUUUUCUAAGAAUUGCGCAAUACAAUGCCGGAGUCGUUCCUGUCUCUUACAGAAGGGUACCCUGCAUGAGAAGGGGAGGGAUAAGGUUCACGGUGAACGGGCACGCGUUCUUCAACCUAGUCUUGGUGACGAACGUUGGAGGGUCGGGAGACGUGCAUGCGGUGUACAUAAAGGGGUCGAGAACCGGGUGGCAAAUGAUGUCAAGAAAUUGGGGCCAGAAUUGGCAGAGCAAUGCCAACCUCAACGGCCAAAGCCUCUCUUUCAGGGUGGUUACGGGCGACGGCCGCAGCCUCGUGUCCUACAAUGUCGCCCCUCCGUCUUGGUCCUUCGGCCUGACCUACACCGGCCGCCAGUUCCGCCCCUAGGACAUAUCAUAUCCUACCUGCCCUUAUUCAUAUGGUCACAAGGAAUUGAAGAAGCUAAGUAUCCUAGCUUAAAUGGGUUUUCUGUUUUUGUUUUUUGUUGCAAAAAAAAAAGAAGAAGGAAUGGUUUUGAAAUGGUCCUUUUACUCUUUUAGCCAUGCUAAAAAGGCCAUUUAUUUGACCACAUGAAAAUUCAUGCUUAUUAUUAUUAUUAUUAUUAAUUGUGCAGACAUAUAAUAAUGUAUCUGCAAAUUAAAGGUGUGGAAGAGAAAAUGUUUUUUUUAAAAAAAAUAAUGGUUUGUGAUUAGGAUAGGAUUAAUUAAGGGCAAAGAGGUAAUUAGUGGUGAAUGAAAGUGGAGGGUGGAGUACUAUAGCUUUGUACUUGUAGAUGAUGAGCAAGGCAUUGUGAAGGCAUGAGAAAAUUAAAAUUGCCUUCCACCUUAUUUAUUCAGAUUUGUAAUUCUGAUAACCCCACAAAAUAAUAAAUAAUGUCCAUCCUUGUAAUUGUAAUUUGUAUUAUUGUAAUGGAAAAUAAUGUUAAAAUUAUUGUAAUGCAUCCCCAU